UUUGGCACAAAUGCUUCACAGGUGUUUCUGAUUAGUCAGGUGUGUUCAAUUGCUUCCUUAGUAGAGGUAAAAGAGAGCUUUCAGUAUCUAGUUUUGAUUCUAGCCUUUUGAUUGCCUUUGGAGUCUGUUAUUGGCGUUUGCCAAUGUGAGACCCAGAGUUGUGUCAAUAAAAGUCAAGGAAGCCAUUAUGAGGCUGAGAAAUAAGAAAAAAAACAGUCAAGAGACUUCACCUGUUAUGUAGUUAAUUAAUCAGAGAGAAGACAGGAUCGAGACACACCUCGCCAAACCAUAGACUUACCAAAACCAACCAAUGGAACAUGAUUAAGAAGAAAGAGAGCCAUGGGGAGCUCAGAAAUCAUACAUUGCCUGUGAGACGAGAUGCCGCUCAAGGUGGACGGAGACCCGGGGUACGGGAGCGUGGGGGGCGGGGCGGCCCCGGCCCCGUCCGGCAGCCCGGGGGGCUCGGAGACGGUGCCCCUCCUCAUCCCGGACAUGGAGCCGGCAGGGCGGGGCCCCUCCGGGUCCAUGAGCAAGGAGGAGCUGGAGAAGGCCGCCGGCACCCCCUGGUGGAGGAAGCUGCGCUCGCGUCUGCUGCUGCUCUUCUGGCUGGGCUGGCUGGCCAUGCUGUGCACCGCCAUCGCCAUCAUCGCCACCUCGCCCCGCCCCGUCGCACCGCCGCUGCAGUGGUGGCAGAGGGCGCUCUUCUACCGAAUGCAGCCCGCCCUGCUGCUGUCCUCCACUGGGGACGGGACAGGGGGAAUCAACGGGGUGCGAGACCGCCUUCCCUACCUGCAGUCCCUGGGGGUGGGGGCCCUGGUCCUGGAGGGACUCUUCCCCCGGGAUGGCCCCACCUCUGGCCUCAUGCAGUUCAAUGCUACCCUGGGAACCCUGACCCAGUUCCAGCAGCUGGUCACAGAAGGUCACAGCGCAGGUGUGAAAAUCCUAUUGGACCUCUGCCACCUGGAUUUAUCAGAUCCUGUCCAAAGGAACGGAUCAACAGAAACACCUGAACCAGUACAGAAUGCACUGCAGUUCUGGCUGGAACAGGGGGUUGCAGGGUUUGGAAUAUGUGAUACAGAUGUUGCCUAUUCAGUGCAGAUUCUCCAGGAGUGGAGGGCAGUCGUGCAGGAUUAUGACCAAGAUGGCCAUGAAAGGAUUCUGAUGGUGAGGCAGGUGUGGCAGCCUGUUCCGGAGUUCAACGACACCAGCUCUGUGGUCAACAGCUCCCUGGUGGAGCUGGUCACCCAGUCCCUGCUCCCCUCCUCGCCCCACCUGCUGUCCACACUGGAGGUGGCCAUCGCCGUGGAGACCGCCUUGCUGAUGCCCCAGAGACAAUGGCCAAGCUGGACGGUGGGAGGGGCAGUUCCAUGGGAGCUGCAAAGGAUACUCAUGAUCCUGUCAAUGACACUUCCUGGGACACCCGUCAUAAAUUACGGUGAAGAGAUCAGCCAAACACAGAAUGCCUCUAUGCCUGGGAGUCUGCAGCACCGUGAGGCUCAGAUAGACAUGGCGGGUGAAUCCAAGCCAUGUGGUAGGAGAGCCAAACGCACAGCUCUGGCCCUUUUCCACUCGCUCAGUCACUCCCGUUCCCGCGAGGAGGCCCUCCUCUUCGGCAACUUCACCUUCCUCCCCUUCAGCAACUCCUCUUCCUCCUCCUCUGAGGUCUACACCAACUCCUCUUCUCCUUCCUCGCCCUUGCCCUCGCCCCCUCCUCCUCCGCCUCCUGGCCUGCUGGCCUUUCUGCGCUCCUGGGGCUGUGUUCACUUCCUGGUGCUUCUCAAUUUGGGCCCCAACAGCCACGCCCUGGACCCCAGCUGGGCCCCCAGCCUCCCCACGGGGGGCGUCUAUGUGACCAGCACGGGACUCGACCGCGUGGGGGCCCUGUCUCUGACGACACUGACAGUCAAUCCGCAGGAGGCCAUUGUCAUUAAACUGUUUGAGGGAGGCAGCUAUUCCUAAAACUACAGACAGGAACAACCUGGGGACCCUGAGUCAGACGCCCUGGCUUUGGUCACAAGAAGGGCUGGACGAUGACUCGCACAGAAACAGACAUACCUGCUAAGCUUUAAUUUAAUCAAAUGCCAAAAAAAAAAGAGGGUUUGUGUAAAUGUUUCAAAAUAUCAUAAAUAAAAUACACUGUUGCAAUAUUCACACCCCCUGUCUGUAAUUCUUGAUAACAAUGUGAUUUAUCAGCUUGCCAGGAGGGGGCGACAAAUACCUACACAAUGCUCUCAUAAUAUGCAGUUGAAAUAUGUUGAUGCUUCAUGCGUUCAAUGGAUGAAGAGCAAUCAUAACACUGUCACAAGGCCGUUGAAAGUAUAUAAAAAAACCUGCAUGUUAAGGGACAUCAGUUCAGGGCAA